AGUUGGCAACAAUUUCACAGCUAACAGAAAUUAACUCUGUUAUAACAUUUUACUUUGCCUCGAAAAUAAAAAGCGCGAAAUGCAGCGAGGCAUAGACUCGUUCUUCAAAAGACUGCCCAACAAGAAAAACAGCGACGAAGAUGCGACGCCGUCACCGCCGGCGCGAAAAAAGCGCAAAGCGCUUGUCAUUUCCAGCGACGAAGACGAAAUUGCCGAAAGUCCGCAAGUAAGCAAGCAUGGGAAGACGCUUAAGAAAACACGUACGGCCCUUGAAACUAAGUCGCCACGCAAUGAGAAUGGACAAGCUAAGAAGCCAUCGCUGUCCAAGCUGAAAGACGUGGCGGCAGCUAAGAAGCCGCUGCCCAAGGUUAAUCCCGUCGAAUUGUUUGGUGGUGAAACCAAGCGCGUGGAAAAACCAAAACCCAAAGACCGCAGCAUAUUAGAACUAGAGGAUGAGGAUAUCGAUCGUAGCCUCAUGGAAAUUGAUGAGGAUUUGGAUGAGAGCGUCAAGACAGUGAAGCAGGAAAAGAUCAGUACAUCAGAGUCAAGUCGCAAGCGUAGCAAGGCUGCCAGUCCUGCACCGACAACUAAACCCAAGACUGCGAAGACCACCAGCCCAGCACCAACAAAUAAAGCCAAGAUUGCGACAGCCACAACGCCCAAGGCAACAACACCACGAGUAAAGAAGGAGAAACAAGCGGAUUUGGAGACUAGUGUACUGUCCGACGAGGAGCGUCAUGAACGUAAGCGCAUGGCAGCUGCGCUCUAUCAGAAGUACAAGAAUCGCAGCAGUUGCCUGAAUCCGGGCAGCAAGGAGAUACCCAAGGGCGCACCCGAUUGCUUGAAAGGCUUGACUUUUCUGGUCACGGGCAUACUCGAGUCCAUGGAGCGUGACGAGGCGGCUUCAGUAAUCAAAGGAUUUGGUGGCCGUGUCAUGACUGUGGUGGGCAAAAAGCUUAAUUACUUAGUGGUGGGCGAAGAGGCGGGGCCCAAGAAACUAGUGCAAGCGGAGGAGCAUGGCGUCAAUAUACUCAGCGAAGAUGGUUUAUUUGAUUUGAUACGCGAAAGAUCAGGCGAGAAAACAACAGAGAAAAAUAAUACUGUUAAGGUAGAGCCCAAGGCAGAGGUUAAAGUUAAGGAGGAACGCAAGAGUGCCAUCAAGCAGGAGGAGAAAAUACACAGCUUAAAGGUCAAGCAAGAGCACAAUGAAAAAGAGACAAAAGUGAGUCCAAAAGUAAAGAAGGAGCGCUUGGAGUCUAAGCCUGUGGUUAAAGUGGAAAUGCCUGAGAAAACCAAGACAGAUGCCAACAACAACAACAACGAGCAGCAAGCCUGGGUGGACAAGUAUAAACCAAGCUCCAUUAAAGAGAUUGUUGGCCAAUCCGGUGCUGCAAGCAAUGUCACCAAGCUGAUGAACUGGUUGUCUAAGUGGUACAUUAACCACGACGGCAAAAAGAAACCACAGCGGCCAAAUCCCUGGGCGAAAAAUGAUGAUGGCAGCUUUUACAAGGCAGCACUGUUGUCCGGCCCACCAGGCAUUGGCAAAACUACAACUGCCACGUUGGUUGUCAAGGAGCUGGGAUUUGAUGCUGUGGAAUUUAAUGCAUCAGACACGCGCAGCAAGAAGCUACUCAAGGAGGAGGUAGCAAGUCUGCUAGGGAACAAGUCCCUCUAUGGCUUUGCCAAUGGCCUAUCGCAGGCGGUGUCCAAGAAGCACGUGCUUAUUAUGGACGAGGUGGAUGGCAUGGCAGGCAAUGAGGAUCGCGGUGGCAUGCAGGAGCUCAUUGCUCUGAUCAAAGACAGCUCUGUGCCCAUUAUAUGCAUGUGUAACGAUCGUAAUCAUCCCAAGAUACGCUCACUGGUCAACUAUUGCUAUGAUCUGCGCUUUCAGCGUCCGCGCCUGGAACAGAUAAAGGGGCGCAUAAUGAGCAUUUGUUUUAAAGAGAAGCUUAAGAUUUCGCCUGUCCAAGUGGAGCAGCUAAUUGCUGCCACCAAUAAUGACAUAAGACAGAGCAUCAAUCAUAUAGCACUGCUUAGUGCGAAUGAGCAACUGCCUGAGAGAGCAGACGCAGCACAGCAUGUGGCCGCCAAGGAUCUCAAACUUGGCCCCUGGGAGGUGGUACGCAAAGUCUUUACUGCCGAGGAUCAUAAACAGAUGAGCAUCUAUGACAAGUGUGAUCUGUUCUUUCAUGACUACAGCAUGGCGCCGCUUUUUGUGCAACAAAAUUAUCUACAGGUGACGCCCAUAGGCAAUAGAAAUGAAGUCAUGUCUAAGGUGGCAGCCACUGCUGAUGCGCUUAGCCUGGGCGAUAUGGUUGACAAGAAAAUACGCAGCAACAUGGCCUGGAGUCUGUUGCCAACACAAGCUGUCUUCAGCUCACUGCUGCCUGGUGAGCACAUGGCUGGCCAUUUCACCGGUCAAAUAAAUUUCCCUGGUUGGCUGGGAAAGAAUUCACGUAGCAACAAACGAGCUCGCUUGGCACAGGAGCUGCAUGAUCAUACUCGCGUUUGCACCUCUGGUUCUAGAUUGUCUGUGCGUCUGGAUUACGCGCCUUAUUUGCUUGCCAACAUUGUUCGUCCGCUGGCUGAAGUAGGCGCAGAAGGUGUGCCUGCUGCUUUGGAAGUUAUGAAAGAUUACCACUUGCUGCGCGAGGACUUAGAGUCUCUGCUUGAGCUCACCACCUGGCCGGGCAAAAAAUCCCCAAUGGAUGCGGUUGAUGGGCGCGUUAAGGCAGCUCUAACACGUGCCUACAACAAAGAGGUGAUGGCCUACUCCUACUCAGCACAGGCUAAUGUUAAGAAGAAGCGCGCCGAAGCUGCUGAUGAUGAUAUGGGCAUUCUCGGCGAGGAGGAUGAAGAGAAUGUCAAUGUGGCGGAGUCUGAAGAUGAAGAUAAGGAUGAGUUGGAGCUAGAUGGUCUUAUUAAAGCCAAAAAGAAGUCUGCAACAAGUAUCACUGCCAAGGCGAGCACUUCUAAGACAGCUACUGCUGCUAAGAAGGCCAGUUCCAGUUCAACUGCAUCGAAAGCAAAACCUAAGAGUAAGAAGUAAAUUGUAGUUCCUGAAUCUAAUUUUUUGUAAUCAGCUUUAGCUGUAAUCCGAUAUAUUUAUACUUACUCUAAUUAUGUGCUUGCAUUAUUGUUUACAUUUUUUUUGCAUCAAAAUUUUACGUUACU